AUGACAGCUACUUUUGACGUCGAGGAAGUCCUGGCCAAGCUCAACAUAGUUGAGAAGGUUUCUUUACUAGCAGGUGCUGAUUGGUGGCAUACGGUCGCUGUUCCUCAGCAUGGGGUCCCAGCGAUCCGAGUCUCUGACGGACCAAAUGGUGUUCGUGGAACGCGGUUUUUCAAUGGUGUCAAAGCAGCAUGUUUCCCCUGCGGAACUGCUCUGGGGGCUACUUGGGAUAUCAACAUACUCCGGGAAGCCGGUGUGCUUAUGGGAGAGGAGAGCAAAGCCAAAGGCGCCCACGUGAUCCUGGGACCCACUAUCAACAUCCAACGAUCACCUCUGGGUGGCAGAGGAUUUGAGAGUUUGAGCGAAGAUCCUGUUCUAGCUGGACUAGGAGCAGCAGCUUUAGUGAAUGGUAUCCAGGAUACUGGCGUUGUAGCGACGAUCAAGCAUUUUGUGUGCAAUGAUCAGGAGCACGAACGUAAUGGAACGAAUGCCAUCAUUACAGAAAGAGCUUUAAGGGAGAUUUAUUCGUUAGCUUUCCAAUUGGUGGUCAAGGAGUCAAACCCUGGAUGCUUCAUGACCGCGUACAAUAAGGUCAAUGGUGUUCAUGUUAGCGAGAAUCCCAAGAUUUUGGCUGGUAUGUUGAGAGGGGAAUGGGGAUGGGAUGGCUGUGUUAUGAGUGAUUGGUGGGGAACCUAUUCCACAUCCGAAGCAAUCAAUGCUGGUCUUGAUCUAGAGAUGCCAGGCGCUACGAAAUGGCGUGGAGAGAUGCUAGUCCAGGCUGUCGGUGUCAAUAAAGUUGCCGAAUACGUCCUAGAUGAGAGAGUUCGGAACGUUUUGAAUCUCGUCAACAAAUGUGCAGCCGCGAAGAUUCCAGCAAAUGCCGAGGAGAAGACGAGGGACACACCAGAAACUGCAGCCUUCCUCAGAAAGAUCGGCGGAGAGUCGAUUGUUCUGAUGAAGAAUGAGGGCGGUGUACUUCCACUGAAGAAAGACAAGAAGACUCUCAUUCUCGGACCGAACGCAAAAAUUGCAUACUAUCACGGUGGCGGUUCUGCAUCUCUUGCAGCUUAUUAUGCUGUUACUCCGUUUGAUGGUAUUAGUGCCCAACUUACCUCCCCACCCGAGUACACUGCAGGAUGUUAUGCGCAUAAGGAGCUUCCACUCCUAGGCAACCUUCUCAAAACCGACAAAGGCGAACCAGGAGUACGAUUCCGUGCUUACAAUGAUCCACCUUCAGUCAAGGAUAGACAAAAUGUCGAUGAGCUCACACUCACGAAGACCGAAUUUCUACUGAUGGAUUACAAUCCACCAGCGAUCAAGCAGGCUCUCUGGUUUGCAGAUGUUGAAGGUACUUUUAUCGCCCAGGAGGACGGAGACUUCGAGAUCGGACUUGGUGUUUACGGUGCCGCUAAGCUAUACAUAAAUGGCAAGCUAUUAAUUGACAAUGAGACCAAGCAGACCAAAGGAACUUUGUUCUUCAACUGCGGGACUGUCGAGGAGAAAGGCAUUCUUCCUGUAAAAAAGGGCGAAAAGUACGAGGUCAAGGUUGAGUUCGCAAGUGCUCCAGCUUCUAAGCUGGACCAAGGAAGCAACGUGCUAUUUGGAGGGGGUGCUUUGAGAAUUGGUGGAGCGAAGGUCAUUGAAGCCGAUGAAGAGGUCAAGCAUGCUGCUGCACUAGCAAAGGAUGCCGAUCAAGUUAUCAUUGUCGCUGGACUGAACGCCGAUUGGGAGACGGAGGGCUCCGACAGGGAAACUAUGUCUCUUCCGGGACACAUGGAUGCUCUGAUUUCGGCUGUCGCCGUUGCAAACCCAUCAACAGUCGUAGUUAUGCAAAGCGGCACGCCAGUAGCGAUGCCUUGGAUUUCGUCUAUCAAAGCACUUGUUCACGCUUGGUAUGGCGGCAAUGAGACUGGUAAUGCCAUAGCAGAUGUCCUGUUCGGAAACGUCAACCCAAGUGCCAAGCUUCCGCUCAGCUUCCCAAUCAGACUUCAAGAUAAUCCAGCAUAUCUGAACUACCGAACGGAGCGGGGACGUACUCUGUAUGGAGAGGAUGUCUACGUCGGUUACAGAUGGUACGAACAACUUGAAGUACCAGUGCUCUUCCCAUUUGGUCAUGGUCUGUCGUACACGACGUUUUCGUACUCCGACCUCAGCGUCUCCAAGACCGACACAGACCUCAAGAUCAGUGUCAAGGUCACCAACACAGGUGCCCUCGCCGGCUCUGAGAUCGUACAGGUCUAUGUAUCCCAGAAGAACCCCAGCAUCCGCCGACCACUUAAAGAGCUGAAAGGAUUUGCCAAAGUUGCAUUGGGUAAGGGAGAGAGCAAGGUUGUUGAGAUUCCAAUUGCAAUCAAGUAUGCAGCAAGUUUCUGGGAUGAGAUUAGAGCGAAGUGGAUCGUGGAGAAGGAUGAUUAUGAGGUUAUUGUGGGCAAGAGCAGUCAGGAUAAUGAAGCCCUGAAGUCGGGCUUCAGUGUCGAGAAGACGAGCUGGUGGAGUGGAUUGUGA